AUGACAGCGAUACUAAUAGAGAUAAUGGUCAAGAGAGUUUGGGAAAAUAAUGAUACUGAUGAUGAUCAUGAUACUAAUAAGGCUGAUUAUCGAGAUAGAUUUGGUCAUGAUUUACUGGUGAUCCUUAUGUCAAAUGACAUCUACAAUAAUGGUUAUAGUGAAAAUAAUGAUACUGAUGAUGAUCAUGAUACUAAUAAGGCUGAUAAUCAAGAUAUUUUUGAUAAUGAUAAUGAUAAAUGUCACGAUGAUUCUGAUAAUUGUGAUCUUGAAAGUAAUGGCGAUUACAACGCUGAUAGUGAUGCUGAUGAAGAUAACAAUGAUAAUGUCAAAAAUGACAGCGAUACAAAUAGAGAUAAUGGUCAAGAGAGUUUGGGUACUGAUUUGCUGUCGAUUCUGAUGUUGUUCAUAGAAAUGACGUUUACAAUAAUGGUUAUAGGGAAAAUGAUAAUACUGAUGAUGAUCAUGAUGAUCAUGUUGUCGAUCGAAAACAACUGUAACGACGACGAUGAUGAUAAUGAUAUUUAUGAUGUUGAUAAAUACAACUGUAACGACGAUGAUAAUGAAAAUGAUAGUUAUGUUGCUGAUAAACAAUAUGAUAGUAAUGAUGACGAUAACGAUGAUAGUGAUGCUGAUAUAGAUAACGAUGUUAGCGAUGUUGAUGAUAAUUGUCCUAAUAAAGAUGAUGAUAAAGAUAGUGAUGUUGAUAGUUGGCUGGUGAUGUUGAUGAAUGAUUUGGAGAUAUUAUUUAUGAUGGUUGUAAAGAAACACGAUGAUUUUGACGAUUGUUACUCCGAUUUUGAAAUUUGUGACCGUGAUAGUAGUGAUGGUGACAAAAAUAAUAGAGAUUAUGAUUUAGAUAAGGAUAAAGACGAUAUUGACGAUUAUGAUACUAAUUAA